GUAGUCGGCGGUCUGUUGUGACGUCACUUCCUGUACUUCACGCACUGCUGUUACAUCGUUUGAAACGUGUUUCAAACGUUUCAUCUUGUUGAACAAAACUAUUUGAUCUAACGAAAUAAACAUGAGCAAAGCACAUCCACCCGAGCUGAAAAAAUUCAUGGAUAAGAAGCUUUCACUAAGGCUGAACGGUGGUCGUCAUGUUCAAGGCGUCUUGCGUGGAUUUGACCCAUUCAUGAAUAUGGUAGUGGAUGACUGUGUUGAAAUGGCUCCAGGAGGACAAAUGAACACUGUUGGGAUGGUGGUUAUCAGAGGAAACAGUAUAAUUAUGUUGGAGGCUCUUGAACGAGUGUGAGGGAGAUUCCCAAUUUCUUGCUGUUUUGUAUUUUGCUUUUUGUCCCAAUGAGCAAAAAUGGGUUUCUCAUGUAUUAUCUUUUUGCAACAAAAGCUGUCUUUUAAUACAGGAAUCCUUGAUUGUGUUGGAAACAGUUCUGUUUUUUUAUAUGUAUAUUUUCCUAUGUCUGUAGAAAAUUGUGUACACAAUUCAUAAAGCAUUUUGGAAAAUAAAUAAGAUUUCCUCGAAGUCUUCCUUUUGGUUGACAUCUUACUCCUAUUUUAGUGGAUUUAUGGUGUAAUCAUGGUUGAAUAUUAAUUUAUACAAAGUCCCUUUUAAAGCAAGUCAGUCCACUUGGCGGCCAUCUUGAGAACACUCCCAGGCAGCUAUUUUCUAUGGAUAAGCUGCAUAAAUGUCCAGCUCCUAUCUACUAGUGAAAGAUUGAAAUCUACAAAACGGUUGGUCAAGAUUACAAUCAAGAAACAUUUUAAAUCAGCACUGCAAUCUGAAAACAAUGAUAUCAUAAAUACCAUUUACCCAAAAAAUAUUUUUCUUCUGAUUUAUCCACCUAAUGCGCAUGGACUUCCUCGAGUAGACUUGUGAUGUCUGUAUCUGAAAAGUGAUUGGCUCUUCUUGUAAGGCUGGGCAUUUCAAUGUCUCCCAUUCAUUUUAUUCAAAUGCUCUGUCUUGGGCUAAAUAGUUGGAUUUAUAUUAACAUGAACAAGUUUUUAGUGACUCUGCUAUUUGAAUCUGUUAAAACCAUUAAUCUUUCAAUUUCUGGUCAAUUAAAAAAUUCAGCUGC